AUGUUUGCUUUAGUGUUUCCACCACAAGCCGUAAUUUACACUUUACUCAUGGGGCCAUUGGGAGUGAUUGGAGCAUGGUACAAUUUGAUCCUGCAAGCAAGUACGUUAUCCAUUUUUAUUGUAACAAUUUCCCUAAUGCCACAUAUACAGAGGGUAGCCUAUGAUGCUGUAUUAGUACGUGAAUGCUCUGAAGAUGUGGUUCUUAUGGGGAAGUUACGAAGAUACAAGAAACUCCCAUUACGAGUUCGAGUCUCCGAAUAUUUGAAAGCAAUCUCAGAUCUCUCUAUUUUUCCGUUUCUGUUGCUCAAAUUACUUGCUUUUGGGUUGAUCUAUUUCAUUCCAUUUGUGGGUCCAUUGAUUGUUUUAUUAUUCCAGUCUUCUAGACGUGGAGUCAAAGCUCACGGUCGAUAUUUUAAAUUGAGAGGUUUUCUGAGAAGCGAUACUCGAGAAAUACACAAGUUGAACCGACCAGCCUAUAUGGGAUAUGGCAUUGUUGCAUUGUGGCUCGAGCUGUUUCCAUUUGUAAAUAUGUAUUUUAUGUUCACCAACACUCUAGGGGCCGCAUUAUGGGCGGUGGAUAUCGAAAGACAAGAGAAACAAGCGGCUGAGAAAAAUGCCAUCCAGUUGCAACCGCUUACCGCAUUGAUUGAUACAGAUUCUAAUGUAACUAACCAACCACGGUGCGCCAUAACGAUGAUGGAAACACCAGAAACACCGACACUGCCUAAAAUUGAUCAGAAAAAUGAAGAAAAAGCCAAAGUCUAA